CAUAAUGGGUCCGGCCGUCAAUUCUCUUGGAUCAUAUCUUCGUAUGCCAUAUGGCUGUGGUGAACAGAACAUGAUCAAUUUUGCACCAGCUGUUGUCAUUAAACGCUAUCUUCGUCUGACAAAUCGUUUGACUCCUGAACUUGAUUCCAAAGCUACACACUAUAUGGAAAUUGGAUAUCAGAGAGAGCUUGGGUAUCAACGAUACAAUGGAGGAUAUGCUGCAUUUGGUGAUCGGAGUUCUGCUGGCAGCACUUGCCUCACCAUGUUUGUGAUAAGAGUAUAUGCACAAGCGAUCGAUAUGAUGUACAUUGAUCAGGAUUCCUUAGCUAAAAGUGUCUGCUGGUUAAUGCAACAGCAGCGGGGUGAUGGUUCAUUCAUUGAGCCUGGACAUUGCAGUCAUCUUAGUUGUGGACGUGCAGUCGACAAAGAUAUGACAUUGACAGCUUAUGGUCUUAUAACUCUUGUUGAAGUUCGCAAACAUUUGGACAUUGUAACUACAUGUUCAUUUGGCUCAGUGUCACUCAGUAGAUCUAUUUACAGAGCGCAAACAUACUUAGAAACAAGAUCUCAAAAGGAAACAAAUGACUACUUGCAUGCCAUGACAGCAUAUGCCUUGGCUUUAGCGAAAAGCUCAAAAGCAAAGCGGUUACUACGCAAGCUACGUUCAACAGCAAUUGUUGAUGGGGAAUGGCGUUACUGGACAUGUCUGUCAUCGUACUGUCGUCAAAACAGGAAGUGUCUUACUAGUGCAGGUACUGUGGAAGCAACUGCUUAUGCUCUGUUGGCACAUCUUCACGUGGAUCGCCUAAUUGAUGUUCUUCCCAUACGUAAUUGGCUGUUGUCUCAAAUGAAUGGGAGAGGAGGUUAUCGAUCAACUCAGGACACUGUAGUUGCUUUCAUGGCACUUGCCGAGUCUGCAUUGUUUUCAUCAGACAAUAUUAACUUGAACAUUUCUUUGACGACUUCAAAUAGCCAUCAUAAUUUUUCUGUCACCAAGGACAAUAAACUUCUUGUGCAACAAUAUGAGAUAGAUGCUUUUGAUUCAGUAAGUGUGGAAUCGUCGGGCGAAGGCAGUGUCAUAUUUCAGGCCACUGUGAACUACCACGUUCCAGAGAUAGCACCAGAUGAGUCAUUUGAUCUCACGGCCACAUCUCGAAGCAAACUCAUGAUGCAGAAUGCAAUUAAUAUUAAUUUUCAACCAGAUGAGAUAGACAGUGAUCCUUUCUUUGAUAAGUCAUCUUCCUUGCCAACAGUCAGUACCAAUACGGUGGAGUACGAUGAUAAUGCUUUAGAAUUGGAAGUCUGUCUUAGGUGGCGUCCAGUAGACAUUGAGUCUGGAAUGGCACUAAUCGAAAUUUCAAUGCUGUCUGGAUUUAAAGCUGACAGGGCAGUUAUGGGUGACCUAUUGGAUUUUAAUGACAUUGAUCUACGACGGUAUGAGACAGAGGGCAGAAAACUUAUUUUGUAUUUUGAUCAGAUUGUUCGGAGUCAUUCUACAUGCUUCAAUGUGUCUAUGGUGCGAACUCACUGUGUAGCUGGUGUUCAGCCAGGAUAUGUUAAAGCUUAUUCAUAUUACAAUCCUGAGUUUUCUACUAUGAUUUCAUACAUGCCUCCUGCUACUGUGGCAAACAGUCUUGACUCUUGUGAGUUACCUGAGGAGAGGACUCAGGGAGAAUCCGGUGCUAAUGAACUUGAACAGACAGUCGAGCAGACACCAUCGAACAAUGAAGAGAUACUUGAUGCUCUCUAGUUAUGACCAGGGAAGAUCAUGAAAUUGUUAUUUGUGUAGCCAGUGUGAUUAUACUGUGAUAGGCAAGAUAGAUCGAGCAUGUAGGAUACUAUCUCAGGACCUUGAUGUGAAUGCAUUCAUUGAGUGUAUGUGUGUUUGCUGUAAGCUGUAAGGUGAAGACCUCAAACUCAUUGUGGAUGGAUAGG